UUUAAAACUUAAUAUCGCUCAGACUGCACUGUUUGAGUUGACAGAACAUUUUGAUCGCAGCGCAGUGUAUUACACAAUUUGAUUUUGGCUUCAAUAAUUCUAAUGGUACCGUUCAUUACAUGUUAUGAAUUAAACUACGACAUGCUAUUGCAGAGCUUGAUCUAAGAACGAUGGGCUUUACCACAUUAACGAGAUGUCUACUUUUGACGUUCGGUAUGACGUCAUUUACGUCUCUGAUGACGUCAGGGGUAUAUUUCGAAGACGGUUACGAUCAUCACUAUACAUAUUCGUCUGAGUCUGACGUCCUGGGGAUGCAUAACGUCACAACAGUGAUCAAAUUCCGGAUCCGGUCCGUGAACGCGACUUCGGGAGGCGGUGUCCUGCAUCAGUUAAUAAUCGACAGCUUCGUCCAGCACUCCGAGCACGGAUAUGUGGCAGACAACCCGUUGAAGUGGGAUCUUAAUAACAGGUUUUACUUCACCAUUAGCCCUGAAGGUCUCGUGCAUUUCGUGCAUUUUCACCCGGAGGAAAUCCACGAGCUUAUCACGCUGAAAAAAGUAUUGGCGUCGACCUUGGCCACUCGGGUGCAGAUUGAAGACGGCCAAUUCUGGAUGUACGACUCUAUGGAGGAAGACCACACAGGUCACUUGGACCACACUUACGAAGCGAGCAGGACGAGCGAAGGGAUGAGGUUGUUGAGGUCACACCGGAGUCUGACCGACGUCCAUAGAAUGCACUACAAGACAACCCAUUUGGACGAUCGUCUGACUCCGCAGCUGGUCGAAGCCAUCGACAACAUCACGCUGCAGCACAGCCCGAACACGAUCAACUCACACACAGUUGAAGGUGCUGCGGUGAUCGAGGAAGAACAUUCCGGAGAGUUUCCGAAGGUGUCUUCAGUAUCACGAAGCAAACUGAAACUCAUGUUGAAGAGCAAGCACAGCGACCCUGCUCGAGACCACGCUCUGCACGAGAUGCAUCGGGAUUCCAUCAGUGUCAAACCGAAACCCUUGAAAAAGGUACCAUUGAUACAAGUUGAGGCGGAGAUUCAAAAGUAUAUUGCGUGCGUCCAUUCCUACACCAACAAAUACGAACGUAACCGAACUGAGUGCGUGCAUCAGCUGCGUGAAUUGAUUACGUCCCUUGAAAGAAAGGAUUUCCUAACUCUCGGCGAAGAAGCGUUAACACGUACGUGUGACGUCAACGACACGGUGUGUGUAGACGAGAGGAAUCUGUUUAUCGACCUGAUUGCACGUGAAGGCAGCGCCGAAGCCCAACUGCUGGUUCUGGAGCACGUGAUGUCACAGCCAAAUGUGACCGAGGAGGACCUAAGGAGAUGUCUUUUUCACGCAAUUGCUCUACAGAACCCGGUGACGGAACUGGUGAGCCUUGUGGAAAAAAUGUGUUUCGAAAACGGCCAUGAACCAGGCGAAACUCCUGCUCUGACGAAGACCCGGAAGCGAGCGUGUCUGUCCCUGGGGGCAAUGGCCAAGUCUCUACAUAACCGCAACACCACGGAGUCGGACAGGAUUGUUGAGAGGAUUGAGAACUGGCUCGACCAUCACAACGAAACCAAGUCCAGCGACAUAAUAAAACCCCGCCGUCGUCGGUCCAUCAUACAACACGAUACGCCAGCCCGGAAGCACAUCGAAACAAAGAUGGUUCUCCUACAAAGUCUUGGUAAUGCCGGGAAACAACGAUCAUUGCGCCAUAUCAUGUCGUAUAUGGAGCCGAAUGUGGGCGUCACAGCAUGGCGUCGUGCGGCAAUUAACGGACUUAGACACUUCUCUUGCAAUAUGAGCGCAGAUGCUUUGCUCACUAGCAUAAUACACGACCAUGACGAGGUAGUAAGGAAAACUGCCCACACUGUGUUCAAGAAUCACCCGAAAUCUGACGAUAGAAACUUCACUAUUGAACACGAGACAGAAGUGAUCAGCAAGAAUUACACCUAUCCGAUCGUGAGUCGUGUUCGGAGAAGCCUACUUCAGGCGCUUGAAGAAGGAAUUCAAGUGACGAUCCAGUCUCCUGGUAUUGACUGGCAGAAGACUAUCGGAACCAGUAACAUCGGGGCGAGCUUCGGUCUAAUCAUCCGAAAUAUCCUGGAUCUGAAAUUAGCUCUACUCAGCGGUUAUUUCAUGGUAGAUGUUCAUGACGAAGCGUAUGCAGAGGCCCAUGUCGGUAUGAUAAAUUUCAAGGUCGACAUCGUCAAGGCGUUAAUCUGCUUUAAGGGUCACAUCGAAUAUGAUUUGAAUGUCCUUAAGGACUUUGGAAUCAACAGUCUUUCAGAUCUGGUCAAAAUCUUUGAUAAAAUUAUGGACAAAAUUGUCAACCCAAUCAUAAAUGGGAUACAAGCAUUCAACAAAAUACUGACAAUGGUUAGGGAUGGUAAGACGCUGACAAAUGUUGUCAAUGAAAUCGUAGACAUCGUGAAAAAUCUCCCAACCCGACUUGGUGAGGUGGCUAACCGAAUGCGAGAUUUUGUCAAAGAACUUUUCAGCAUAAGCGCCAACACUGUUAUUGAAGAGAUCAAGAGCAUUGUCAAAGAAGUUAGCGACUUCAUCGACGGGAUAAAAAAAGAUGCUCUCAAAUUCUACAAUGACGUUGUUGAUGUUGUUACGAUGGCCUUGCCCUACACAGCUAAGAAGAUUAUGGAUGCCUUCAAGUCAAUUGUUGAGGCUGUUAGGAAAAUCUUCAAUAAUCCAAUGCAGGCAAUGACAUCCAUGUCAAGGGCGAUAAUAGACAUCAAAGUUGCUGUUACGAUGGCUAUAGAUGUGAAAAAUAAAGUGGUGGAGGCAUGUCUUUUCAUUAAAGGGCGCGUGGUUGAAUGGAUCAACGCUGCAAAGAAAAUACCAGCAAUUCUAGGAAGAAUUAAAGACGUAUUCAAGAAACUCACCGACUCGAUAAAAGAUGGUGUACAGGCCAUAAAGAAUGAGGCAAAGUCGGCUAUAAGUGACGGCAUUUCAGCUGUGAAAGACACGAUGCACGAUGUUGUAAAUAACCUAAAAGGUAAAUGGGACCACGUGUUUGAGCCGCUGCAACCUCUGAUCGAAUUUGUAACACCAUUUGUUGAAAUCUUCAAGUCUAUCAUGGAAGCAAUAAAAGGCGUCAAAUGGGGUUAUCAAGAAAUCAAAAAAGCCAUCGACACGAGUAGAUCAUUGGUGCAAAAAGUUUUUGGACCGAAAUUCGACCGCAACUUUCCCACCAAGCGCCGCGAUGCGUUUGGAGAAUGUCCCGCGGGCGUGUGGCCAUCCACAGCUAACGGGGCGUACGGAACAACGGGGGUGGAUAUCAUUCUUGGAGAGGGACAAACGGUCCACAUGCCUGUAAACGGAAUAUUAAAAAGUUACCCAAAUGACAAAAAAGUAGUUGUAAAACCUAGCGACCCAGAAUUUGCUCCUUUUGAAAUAGUUGUUGAAAACAUUGCCGCAGAUCAAACUUUACACGACAAGACCGUUAAAGCUGGCGAAAAAAUUGGCAAAGCCACCACGGCUAGGGUAUGUAAAGAAAGAAAACUGAGUAUAAAUGUAAACGAAGCCGGUGGUAAUCCACAGGACCCCAAUACUGAUAAACUUCUUGAAAUAACCAUCGGAGAAGCUAAGAAAAAUGAACGAAAUGAGUGGAUGUCUACUGUAGCAUCAAGAGGAAAGAAUUCCAUCCACGUUUCAGUGAGAAAAGCUCAAGCGGAUGAGCUGCCUGAUGCGGAUUAUGACUACACUGAUCCGUCCCCUUUCCUUGAUCGCUUGGUGCCGAUUCCAAAAUGGAUUCAGGACUGUAAUGAUUACGAGUUUAGGUACAUAGGACAAACAUCCGAAUCCGGUGAAACGGACGAAGACGAAGAUCCAGAAAAAAAGGAAGAAUCCAGUGGUCGUAAACCUGACGCUGAAAAUAUCGAUAAUAUGCUUGGUGACGAGGACACAACAUACAGGCCUGACGACCCCUCGCUGUAUGACUCUACAUCGUUUGGAGAAAGUCUCAAGGAGAGUUUGAAAGAGCAAGCCAAACUGUUUGCGGAGAUGUUCAAACAAGCUCUCUUUGGCAACAAUCCAAAGAUCCCAAAUAUCUUAGAAAUAGUCGAUGUAAACAGCAAAACGGUGGAUUGGAUCAUAGAAAAGCUCAACUCAACAUCUGAAAUUGGAAAGAAAUUUAUCGAUAUUUUAACGAAAUUAGCGUGUACGAUGAAAGCGGAACCUUCAGACUCACCUGCGACCUUAACACCAAAUUUGGCUAUUAACUUUCUCAAACUGCACAAUUUGAAAUUCAACUUUGGUGGAUUCGACUUUUCCGGCGGAUUAAACUUUGGCGGAAGUGGGGAUGAUGACAACAGCGGCGGAUUUAAGUUCGGCCCCUUGAAAUUCGGCGAUCCCGGUCAGCUGUCUCUCUCCAUGGCGGAACUACCCAGCAAAAUUUGUCCCAUGUUUAAAGAUGCAAUAGCCAAAGGGUUCGGUCACAUUUGCUACGUGCACGAGAACUGCCUUGGAUUGUCGUGCAACAUUCCAGUCCCUCUUGGACCAACGUCAAAAGUUUUGCACGCCUCUGUAGCACUAGUGCCGUCUGAGCUGAAGAUAGAAAUAAGCGUCAGAUUUGGGCAAGACAUUGGCAAGAAUUACACAAUCCAACCGAACGGUGAAGAUCAGCAUAUGGAGGUGGCGAAUUUAUUACUUUUUAAAGUACUUUUCAUUGUAAACGCAAAAGUUGAAGGGACAUCUGUAACACUUACAGCUGAGUUACAAGUGUGCAAUGAUUUAUUCAUGUCAUGUUCGCCUCCGAUUGAAUUGUUCCACAACAUCAAAUUGAUACCAAACGCCGUUCGACAUAAACGCGCGACAGGUUCGUGCACAGACGUCAGUAUCCGACAGACACCGAUUACGACGUUCAUGAUGCAACUGAGCGAAUUCUACUUGCUGAACAAAGAUGUGACAGCGACACUGGAAAAUGUGCGACAACUAGUUGUUGAUCAGCUGCUGAAAGAAAUGAUUGACAAGUUCAUGGAAGCAUUGACGGAGUUUCCAAAUAAGGUUGACUUCUGUGUUAGUGCCAAUCUUCCCGUUCCCCCGGUUGAUAUCGAAUUCUUCGACAUCCGCCAACACUUUAUGGUUGGGCCAGUACCUUUGUCACUAGGGUUCGGUGCUGGUGGUUCCGUUGGUCUUAGCGUGAAAGUAGGACUGUGCGUAGUGAGCAUGACCACACAGCUAACACUAACCCCCUGGGUUGGAGGCAAGGUGUGGGGUGAUGCCGCUAUCGAUAUAGGCUUCGCAAGAGGCGGAAUUAAAUUGGUUGGCUAUCUACUGGAAACCAGAUUUCCUAUGACAACUGAACUGGUGUUCUCUAAAUAUCCUAUAGAUGUGGGGGCUAAGAUGGACCUAAUCCUUACACCGUUGCGACUUGAACUGAAGGCGUUUGCAGAACUGUUCCUAUUGUUUACAACUGUCACAGUCUUCGAAGGAACAAUAUGGAAAUACCAAGUGCCCACCAUUCACAAGAACAUUUUCACGAUUACAAAGAGAGACGACGAUCCAUCGCCACCUAACGUAUUGCCAACCACGAUCAACGAGAGACGUCGCCGUUCAGGUCCCGAAGGCUGUAUUGUUAACCAAGUGUAUAACCGUCCCUACUAUGACUGCGCCUUUACACUGGAAAUGUUCGCCCAAGACGAAGUAUCGGAGGUGAAACUCACCUACGCAAUUGGAACACAUAAAGGAGGAACCAACGUUCAAGCCUGGACAGAAAUGGGUGGCAAUACCCUUCUAGUUCCCGCCAAAUUACCAGGUGGUAUACCUCUGCAUUGGACUGUAAGCGCAACUAAUACGCAAGGACUGUCGUCCACUGUGCAGUGCUCUCUGAAUACAUACGACAGCACAUUGCCAGACGGCAGAGUGGAGCACCCAUAUAAGUUUUCAUCACAUCCUUCAAAACUAGUUGCGUUUAUCAUCGUCGCUGAAGACAGUCCCCUGAAAGAGAUGCAUUACAAGGCUGUUGGAUUCAGCCCAGGUCAAUACGGCAACCAGUUUGUUGGAUGGGAAGAAACACGACUUGACCACUCUCCACUUAGACAAGGUGUAACCGGAGCAUUGCAGCACUUCACGACCCCGAUGGAUGGCAAGCUGAUAGCCAACGUCCUAAAAACAGCGAAGCCAUUAAGAUCCCCGGAUCUAUGCGCAGAAGAAUGCAUGAAUCACGGGUCCAACUGCGUGUCAUUUAGCUAUGAAUAUCACUCGGAGACAUGUGAUUUGCACGAUCAGGUGGCCGGUGCAAAUGCAUAUUUGCGCAUUAGCGGAACAUACAAAAACUAUGAACGAUUGGGUAUCGGUUAUCACACCUCUGUGGAAUAUGACAAUUUACCACUUACUCAAGGUACUCAGUAUUUCAUCAACGCAAAAGUAACUAACGUCCUGGGGUACGUUGAGCAUUUAACAGGCGAAGGCACAAUGGUGGACUUCACACCUCCAGAACCAGGAUUGAUAAUAAACAAUCAGGCUGACUUCCUUCGUGCUGACCAAUGCAAUGCUUCUGUUUCACAAAGAUGCAUUGAAGUAACAGGUCAAGAAAACCAUAGGAUAAUCAUCGAUGGUCCAGGCUCUGGAACCGUCUUCAAUGGUCACCAGCCAGUUCAAGACGAGCUGUACACGUUAACGAACCACUAUGUUUCCGCCAACUGGAAAGGUUUUCACGACGACGAGAGCGGUAUAUAUGCGUACACUUGGGCUGUCGGAAAGGGUGUCUGCAGCUCGGAUGUUGUCCCUUUUACAAAUCCGUACGCCCAUUUGACGAAUCCGAAAUUCUGGACCGACUCCGCUUUUCAAAAAGGCAUCCACCUGCCUGACGGUCCGUAUUUUGUCACGGUGCAGGCAUUAAAUGGAGCAGAAUUAGGCGGUUCAUUGGUGACUACGGUUUGUCAUUCCACUCCGUUCAUCGUAGACACUUCGCCGCCGGUGUUUCACAAAGUAACGGACAUCAUUUAUGAUGAAGACUUUGACCUCAUCGCGAUAUAUUACAAUGCUACCGACGACUUGAGUAAAAUUGCCCAUGCAGAAUUCGGCUUGGGCAAAACUAAGUAUGAUGUACAACUGAAGGCGUAUGGAUUACACGCGCCUAUGGAACGCGAGGAUCCGUUUGUAGCUGUGAAAGAUCUGGGUCUUCAAGAAGGAAUUCCGGCGUGGAUUCGUAUCCGCGUCACAAACAAUGUGGAUCUGUUUACUGCGGGUCACGGGGAUGAGCCGAUACUAAUCGACAGAUCUCCGCCGAUACCGGGGGCCGUUAUGGACGGAAACAGGCUACGAAGAGACAGGCAGUUCCAGGCGGACGACCAUAAGAUAUGCGCGCAGUGGAUAGAUUUCUUUGACCCUGAAUCUGGCAUCGACAGAUUUUUGUGGGGUGUCGGGACUGCGCCUCAACUGGACGAUAUUGUCAAAUUCCACAACCUGACCCGCUAUGAGAAAUCCAGCUGCGUCCCAGCAACUUUGAAGCACAACAGCACUUACUUCUCGACUGUUCUUGCCUUCAACAGCGCGUUGAAUUCCAAGCCAUGCAACAGCUCUUCGGAUGGAGUUCUUGUCGACACUACACCUCCUAUAGUUGGGAUUGUGCUUGACGGAAUACGGAAUGCAACUGAAUUGAAAUACACAUCAGAAACCGUGUCCAAGCACGCAAACUGGCGGGAUUAUUACGACCCCGAGAGUGGAAUAGCGAACUACAAAGUUGAUGUCUAUAUAAACAACGAAAAGAAAAAGACUUUUGAAACCGGGACGUUGAGUGAGUUCGAAGAUCACACAAUUUCUAUGGAGCAUAAAGACGAGGUUUACUUCGAGGUUCACGGAGUAAAUGGUGCUGAAUUAGAAGCAGCAGCCAGAUCCGAUGGCUUUAUAGUGGACCAUACUCCUCCAAUUAUGACUGAAAUAUCUGACAAUACGGAUGGAAACAGAUACCAAGCGGACAAAUCGAACUUAAGCCUUAAGUGGAAUUUCUUUGACAGCGAAUCCGGCAUAGGAAAGUAUAGAACGGUGAUAUACGAAAGCCGCCACGGUAUCAAGCAGAAACACUGGCCUGCGAGUGAACGAUAUAAUGAAACGAAACCUAUGAAUUCGUUCAAUGGUAAAAUGGACAGCACACUCGGUAAUUUAAAUAUGGAGGAUGGAGUGACAUAUUCUCUGCACGUGACAGCAUUCGAUGGAGCUCUGUUAUCCACAGCGCAUGAAAGCACAGGAAUUAUGAUUGAUACAACACCACCGAGUAUACCUAAGGUAAAGGUUGGACUGCCAACAGAAGACGAGGAAGUGGAUCAAGACAACAAAGUGCUACACAAUGAUCAGUAUGGUAUUCGACUCAGUUGGUCUUCUAGGGAUUCUGAGAGUGGAAUCUCAAAAUAUGAGGUCGCCAUAGGCACAUGGGACAACCAAGAGAAGAUUCUUCCGUUCACGGAUUACGGCACGGACACUACCGCGUAUAUUUCUAAUAUUUUCCUGGAACCAUACACUACCGCUAGCACAUUGUAUGUCGUUACCGUAAAGGCAUCUAAUGGGGCAGAACUGAUUUCAGAUAUGGGUUUUUCUAAAGAUAUAUACGUACAAAAGGCGAAUAUCCCAGGUGUUGUCUUUGACGGCAGGAGCCUUUUUGAAGAUGAAUCUUUUACAACAGAUCACACUUCAAUCGCAGCCUCGUUCUACGGGUUUGAGAGUGAAAGUUGUGACAUAAUUAACUAUGACUGGGCAAUCGGAACGACAGAGUUUGGAACCGACAUUCUUACAUACACGAACUAUGGUCUUGUCAUGUUGAAUGAUACACACGGACAAUGUCAAAUCCAUACAGAGUUGUUUGAGGACGUCACUUAUUACAUAACAGUUCGCGCAGUGACAGGGUGCCACGAGGAAUAUAUCGUCUCCUCAUCAGAUGGAAUCACACUUGACAGAGUUGCUCCGAAAGCUAUAUUCAAAGUUGAAGCCUCGAAUGAUACGACUGUUUACAUUCAGGAUAAUGUUAUAUAUCAGUCAGUAACAGAUUCCAUAGCUAUCGUAGGCAAUGUUUCUGAUAAUCAUGAAAUUCAAUCUUUAGAAUGGGGACUUGGGUCGCUUCCUAGUUUAGCGAAUAUUAAACAAUUCACUCAUGAUUUGACAUCGUUGACUAGCGUCGCAUCCUUAGUUCCCGGUGAAGCGGUCUUCGUGACAUUAAACGCAGUUGAUAAGGCCGGUAACCACGAACUUGAGUCAUCAUUCGCUGUGAUUGCAGAUACAACUGCCCCUGAAAUGAUUGAUCUUGAAUGUACGCAAUUUAUAUCCGUGCGAAAAAGUAUCGUUACCUGCAGCUGGUCGACAAUUGUUGAAAACGAAAGCAUUUUAAAAGCAACCACAAUAUCAAUGGGAUCCACACAAACUGAUUUCGACAUUUUAGACAGUUUUGAUGUUCACAGAGACACCUACAGCUUCACCCGAGACCUAUAUAACCAUAUCAGUCAGUUUAGAAACACCACAGUCAUGUUUAUUACCGUAACCGUUUCGAAUGUUGUCGGACAUAAAACUAUUUAUGGAAGAGAAGUCAUUGUAGACAGAACAGCCCCAUUAGCCGAUCGUCUUGAUGUUUUGACAAGUACUUCACAAGGAACACCAGUUGAACGCCAUCAGAAAUGUCAAUUACCAAGAGGAUAUGUUGAAGUGAAGUUGAUAAACGUUGUUGAUGAGGAGGCACCCAUUGACGUAAAUAGGUAUGAGAUCGCUCUUGGAAGCAAACCUUUGGGAACUGACUAUUUAGAAUAUCACCCAGUCAUUGCUAAAAGCGAUGGAAUAUUCUUUGUGAAUGGCUUUAGACUGAAUCAAGGUGAUUUGUUUUAUGUCACAAUGAGAAUUUACAACAAAGCCGGCUUAAGUAGUGAAUUUUCUUCGGAUAGCGUCGUUGUCAGUCAGACACCGUUCUUAGAAGUCAAAGACGGAACCGGCGAACAAGAUAUAGACUUUCAGUCGACUCCCAACCUCAUUCAAGGCUCUUGGAAAUAUUCGGACGCAUGUCCUAUUGGAGAGGCGAAAUGGAAAAUAGAAAGUCUUGCCGGAAACAUAUUGUUUGAUUACCAGCCCAUUCCGAAUGCCGGACAAACGUUUUAUAACGAUGAGGUUCAACUUGAAAACGGAAUGAAAUAUAUUGUAACGGUUCAAACCAUUGACUUCCUCGGUCGCGUUAAAACAGCCAGAUCAGAUGGUGUAACGGUUCGUAUCCAGCCGCCUUUCCCGGGUUUAGUAAGAGAUGGGAUUGAUAAGGACCUCACGUAUCAGUUCAGUACAACUGAACUUUCGGCCAACUGGGAUAACUUCGGAGAUAAGUCUAGCGAUCCGACCCAGUCAAUUCAUCACUAUGAAGUCGCAAUUGGAAACGACCGAAGAUACGAGAAAACGAGAUCAAACGUGCAUUACUUUGUAGAUGUUGGACUCAACAAUUCGUACACAUUUUCACAUUUAAAUCUGACAUCGAAGCUGGUUCGGUAUUAUGUAACUGUUAGGGCAUACAGCAUGGCUGGUGGCUUUACAGAAGGCUAUUCGAAUGGUAUUCGAGUUGGAUUUAACGAUGACAUAAUUCCAGGAUCCGUUUCCGUAAAUAAGUAUCAGUUCUCUGUUGAUUCGAUGGCAAUAUCAUGGAACGGUUUUCAAUCGGAUAUCGACAUUAUUGAUUACAAGGUUGCCAUUAGCAGUCAUGAAGAUAUCAUUACCAACGACACUGUUGUUUGCAACAUAAUUACAGCCAACAAAACCAUGUACGAUAUUUCCCCAUUGCGAAGCGUUGGCCUGGACGAGUAUAGUAAGCUAUUGGGACUUACACUUUUUCACAACAGUAAAUACUAUGUGACGGUUGUGGCUGAAGACGAAGCUGGUAUGUGCACAGGGAUCACGAGUGAUUGGGUCCUGGUCGAUACAACACCUCCAGAGUUCGGUAAGCUUUACAUCAACGACAUAGAAAGUUCGACUGUAAUAUAUGUGCGAAAGCCAUCUGAGAUGCAAAUAGAGUGGGAAAUGCAUGACCAUGAAUCAGGAAUAAAUAAUGUUCUUGUUCAACUAUUUGAAUGUAGUUCUUGCAUGUCUAAGGGAGUUACAAGUGAAAAAUGUUACUUGAUUGAUAAAAAUAGUGUGAAGAAUGAUACAAAGACGGCGUUUUAUGAGCUUCAAAUGAACCCACAAAAAGCAUAUUACGUCACAGUGGAGGUAACAAACGAGGCGAAUCUAGUGACUCGAGUACAAAGUCUGUCAAUUUUAGUCGAUACAACACCACCUUUGAUCGGCGAGUUAAAAAUAUCGGAUGACUGGCAUGAUGUUGAAACAUUUCAACAUUCGACAAACAGGCUUUCAGGGAUGCUGCCAAUCGCUUUAACAGCAACAGACUAUCUGUGCCCAAGCCAUAUACUGUAUUUCCCUGUAAGUAGCGACAUUAGUAGAAUGAAACAAAUUAUGGAUAAGUUUGACGACGAGUUUCUUGUUGUUAAUAACACGGGUGCAUAUCUUGGAAUCGGCUAUAAUUCCGAUUUAACAGACAUCACGAAGUCAGGGGUGAUAUCAGAAUCAAUGAAUCUACAAAAUGGUAAUUAUUCUUUUAAUGUACGAGUAGCGAAAGGAUACCAAACUAUCACAACCGUGGCUAUAGUAACAGACCAAAUUGUUAUCCCGUUUGUCAUCGAUAAAAAACCAGAAGAGGCGGAAUUUGACUACAGUAAAUUUGAAAAUGUCACUGGUUUAGAAGCAGGCAACUCAACGCAAGAUGAUUAUACAAACAUAACAACUACGACUGCUGUGCCAAACGUAUCUUCAAUGCCAAACAAUUCUACUAACGGUUCAAAAUCUGAUCUAGAAAACCAAGAGUACGGAAUAGGAGUUCAUUUAUUGGGGUAUAAGAUUGGAAAUAAUAAGUAUUAUCAUCACGUAUUUUGGGCCAAGAGCAAAUACACUUCCUCUCUGAGGUGGUUUAAGACUGACAAAGAUCUAAAUUCAGAACAAAGCUUCAUAUUAAAGGUCGCAAAGAAAUCUGAAUAUCUUGAUGACACAGUUGAUGUCACCUUAAUUGUUGGAGGAGAAGAAGUGGUGUCUAUUUCUGGUUUCAAGUUUUCGGGGGCCGUUAAGCUUGCUGCGUUAACAUGGAACGAAGAAAACUAUAAACCUCCGUUAGAAGACAUCUACAAGCCAUUUUACGCAGACGCAGUAUUGAGCUCAAUAUAUGUCCCUGAUAUGCAGGAUAAACUUUGUCGGCACGGACGCGGUUUCUUUGAUGGUGAAAGCGGCAUCAAGGAAUUAUGGAUUGGAGCUUCUGAUAACAAUGUCUUGCCAGGCAAUAUCCGUGCAUUGGAAUUGUAUAAAACCUUCUGCUUUCCUUGCUUAAAACCAUGUGACACUCUGUGCAACGAGACGUGUACUGCGGAAAAAUUGCUGGAUGGAUUCAACAUGAUUAACAUUGAUCUUACAAAUGUCCACCUUGAAUCAUCUGAAAACUCGACAGAAUGUGCCAAUAUCACAAGUGAUAAAAAAUGUAACAGUACUGCGUAUUACCUAAACGCAAAACUAGUUAAUUUCGCAGGUGAAGAAACACUUGUAUUUUCAAAUGGAAUCCAAAUCGAUAUAUCGCCACCUUAUUGUGAAUAUGUAAAAUGCACAUCUCCGGAAUACAGUGAAGAUCAGCCAACCAAUUUUACGGGCUCCAGCUCUACUAUUGGUGCUUACUGGAACUGCACGGAAAGGACAAGCCAGAUCGUUAAAUUUACUGUCCAGAUCAUAAACAAGGAGAGCGGCGCAGUCGUUAUGGAUAAUGUGGACGUCGGAUUAAAGAGCAAGGCGACAUUCAAUCUGAAUAAUGGUACCUUUCAACACGAGAAACAUUACGACGUGAGAGUAUAUGCUUUGAACAGCGCAGGGUUGACGUCUAUUGCUUCUUGUUCAGUGCAAGUGAUACUUUUCCCGCCAGACGUUUCCAAGGUCAUUUCUGGUCCUUUGUAUACCAAUCGAACAAAUACAGCAGAUGACCAGGAACCUUACUGGACCGAAUCGCAGUCACAGAUCGGUAUUCAGUGGCAAGGUGGAACCUCUGAUAUUGAAUUCUAUGAAUGGCGUGUCGGCACUCAAUCUGACGGGGACGAUCUUUUCCCGCCAUCGAAAGUGGGGGUCAACACAACAGGGUCCUCCGCUAUCGUCCAUGGAAAGGUUCACUAUAACGAUAAAUAUAUCAACCGAACAGUAUCUGAAUACAGAGAUAUACUGAACAUGUCGACUGAAGAACGCAAUAACUUAACGUCUGCAAGCGAGGCGGAGAAAUCGUUCUAUCAGAUAGAACCAGGUCGUUGCGUGCACCAGUCUCUGUACGCGAUAGGCUUGUCGCAUUUGAAAAGUAACAUAAAAAAGGAGACAGUGUGUAUCAAGCGUGCGGGAGAUGUAAAUCUUAAGACGAAAGUGGGUUCCUCCACGCUGCGGGCUGUGCGACCUGUCGGAUCGGUCAACUGGAUGGAAACAAAUGACGCAGUCGCCGCAGACAUAGUCGUCGAAUCUGAAUUGACCACGGGCGGCAUAACGUUGGGAACACUGACGAAGCAGGACAUACAGGAAACAUACGGCAGCGCCGCCACGGCCGAGUAUAAGCCGUUCAUUUCCAACGUUGAAACAACGCAGAGAAAAACAUCCAGGCUAUUGCGAAAUAGGAUACAUCACCUCUGUGACGUCAAUUUCUUCCUCUCCCCGGCACCACGUGCUGAAGCCUCACGUGUCACCAUCCACGUGACAGUUAGGCCUGGAUGUGAGAAGGAUCCUGUGUAUCAACCCGCUUUAGUCUUCUGGGACACCGAGAAAGAGGUCUGGGUGCACAUUGACGAAGGGUGUAAUGAAAUAUUGUCUGCAAAUUUCUCCAGUGCAGUCUAUUCAUCAAUGAUAUGCCCAGAGUUCAACAGCGCAGUGAGAAAAAAGAGAGACGCCUCAAUCGAACUAGAAUCACCCAUGCAUUACAGUUUGGUGAAAAUCGGAAAAACGUUUAUCAAUUACCCCCCGAAAAUUGUUUCGAAGACCUUGGAUAUUACGGAAGACGUUAUUGCUGACCUUACUAUAGAAACUGAGGAUCCAGAGGAUGACACCUUGGUUUACAAUAUCGUUGAUGAGCCAGAAAACCUCCAGUGUAACAUCACCUCCGACGGUAAUCUCCGGUGUAAGGCGAUUGAAGACGAUUUCUACGGCGAAGAUGACGUCACUGUUGAGGUCACUGAGACAGAUUUGCCAGCGUUUGAACAACCAAUGUCGAAUACAAAACAAUUAAAACUUGUCAUUCACGGAACUCCUGAUAAAACUGAGCGAUUCUUUUUUGAUUCCAAUGAUACCUUUUACGCCGAGAAACGGCCCUCUUUUCGGCACACCAUUUUAGUGAACGCUAACAGGUCUUCCACCCACUACGCCGGACGAAUUGUUCUCGCAGAUGUCGACGGGGGCGAGAUAUUUUCCCCAUUUCCAAGAUUUAGUGCUCUCGGGGACGCCGUUUUCUCUCUGAAGAGGUUAACUAACACAUCGGAUAUCCCGCUGGUCAAUUACACGACUAGGCGCUAUAGAAGCGUCGAAGCUUAUGACGUUGAGUUUGAAUACUCUCCAGACCUACAGGGUAACAUGACGCUGGAUUUCAUCGCCCGGAACGCUGAUGACAGCUACACGCCUGGUGUCACUAUCGAUGUAUAUGUGAUGGAGAACCCCUGCAUUCAUGGUCAAUGCCACCAUCCCAUUCUGGGAUAUGACGCAUGUGAAGAUCCGGCCAGAUCGCGGUCAUUCAGUGGCUUUGAGUGCGUCUGUGAACCUGGCUAUAUCGGCGACUGGUGUCAGAUAGAAAUCGACGAGUGUCAGUCGAGCCCAUGUUCCAGUAUGUACGACUGCGAGGACCUGGUCAAUGGCUACCAGUGCAACAUCAACAUCCCCAAACUGCUGGCUGUCAUCGUCUGUCCUCUCAUUGCCCUCAUUGUCCUCGUGUACGUUCUCAGGAGAGUUAUUGUGAAGCUGCGAUACAUCAAGUUGUCUAGAAGCAGGGUCGGUUUAAUGGAGGACAGCGGGCGGCAAAUCGGCGACAACCGCCCGGCCACCUCGUCCGGCAUCCAUGUGGACGACAAAGAUGACGUCAGCUCGGAGGACGAUGAUGUCAAGUUCUGGCAACACAAUCCCACCUAUGAUGACAUGUCGCCAUUUACAGCAAACCCAUUGUUUUUACCUGCUGGCAAAGCUCCACCGCCACACCAUGCUAACUUCGCCACCUUCAAAGGCGUACAGGAGAAGCCGAAACCGUUCUCGCAGAUGGAGCUGAAUGAUUUUAACGUUGAACGAAUGAGGCCGAUUCAGCCACGUCAAAGUGACGUUCCCAACCGCAGGUUUGACGUCACGAUGCUAGCGGAGCCAUCUGAGACGUCAGUGUCGACGUCACGACCCUCAAGCGUCACCUCUGUGGGGCAGAUCCCUAAGCCGGGCCCCAAAGUGACCAUCCCUCUGCACCGGCCUGACGAGUUUGACAACAUGAUUGAACAGAUGAAGAAAAACGCAGGCCUGACGGAUGUGCAGACGUAACUGGAACAAGCAUCUAGGCAGUUUCUGAAUUGUGGCGUGAAAGCGAAAGAUGAACUUUAAAAUAUUUUUUUAAGAUGUAAUAUGAAAUAUAAUAUUAACGAAAUUUGCAUAAGCAUGGGCGGUUUAUGGCUAUUGGCAUGAAUAAACAAAAUUGUAAAUUAACAAUAAUUUUACACAUGAUUUAUUUAAGAAUGUUUGGUCAUUGAUUGUUAACAUAAGUGUAAAGUUGUACAAUCAAACAUGUGUAAUAAAAAUGAUUUAAUUUAUAUUAAAUUUUAAUAAUUUAUUUAGCUGAUAGACAUAGAUCAGACAACAAACCGUUGACUAAUGUCAAAUUAUUUUAUACAUUAAAUGUGUUUGUGUGUGUUGUGUUAUUACACACACUAACAGUAUGAGAAAUAAAUGUUUUAUAUUAACCAAGUGCUUUUAAAUUGUUUUUAGCUUUUUAUGUUUGUAAGCAAUAAAAGCGAGUUUUUCAAUGAGAUAAAUGCACAUUAAAAUGACACCGAAAACUAAAGAGUUCCGCAAUAACACCAUUAUAACUGGAUCGGUUACAGCAAUUUAUGGAAGUUAUUUGUUAUGGAUGUUAUUGUGAAUAUUAUUACCCAACAGUAGCCGAAUUAGCUUUUGUAUUGUUAGAGUAAUACUUUUGUUAAAAAAAUGUAAACCUUUCAAAUGCAAAUGCUGUCAUUUUUUUCUCUUGGUGAAAUGCGUUGAUUUUCAUUUUCGGAAACAGAAUUGGAGACAAAGAGUUUAUUUGAGUAGUAAAUAUGUUUGUGUAUUCCAAUUUUAGCAAAAAGUAAUGUUCGAAGUUUACUGUUAAUCCAUCGUACAUCUAAACGUCAUAAUAAGUUUUGGAUAAAAUCUUGUGUGACGCAUGUGUUUCUUUUAGGCUUUUACUAGUGCAAUUCCAUCUGCGUGUGUAUGCAUCUUACUAAAUAUGUAUUUAAACUUCCUUUCUUUUCUAAUGCUAUUUGUAAUUCUUUAUACCAGACAUACAGCAUCAAUUGUUUAAAACAACUUUUUAUAAUUAUGCUAAUUUUUUAUUCGACGUUUUUGCAAAAUAAAUGACAGUUUUUCGAAUAAAGAAAAUUGUGGAAUAUAUAAUAUUGAAAUUUAAUUAUGUAAAUUUUCCUUUUAUUUAUAAAACUUUAUAAUUUUCGAUUCAAGUGCGCCAACAAUAUUCUUUGCAUUUUAUUCAUUAUGCACCUGUGUUGAAAUUAAUAAUGAAUAAAUAAUUCAUAUGAUAAUAUACACGCCGGGUAUGCGAAUACUUCGUUGACGGAUGGCACUUCACUAACAGAGAACAACAAAAGCCACGCGCGAGAGUAGACUUCUUCAGCUUUUUUGUAUGUAUGUUCUGUUUAUUUGGUUUUUAGACACAGAACAAUGUUUGGGUGAUUAAUGGUAUAGCACUUCGUAUUGCGAAGAAAGAAAUUCGCGAAAAAACGGUGAAUUAUUAAAAAAACGAUAAAAUUCCAUCGAUAAUCAGCAUGAAUUGAAUGAUCAGUACAUAUUUUAACAAAAUAAAGAUACUUGGAAAUAAUUAAGAACGUGCUUACUAUUCGAAAUUAAAAGAUCAAUAUAUCCAGUAAUGUUACAACAUGUCACAUUUUAGUUUACUAAUGUAUUUGAGAAAAUUCAAAUGUUUUAAGAGUCGCAUGCACAUUUUUCAUCUGCACUUCGUUUACCGAUCAUCUAAAAAACAAUGGCACUUCGUUUCCCGACAUCUAGACACUUUUUUCCAGAUAUAACACACUCGUUUUUUGUGAAUCAAAAAUGCAGAAUUCGCUGUGGAAUACUGUUAAAGUAAGCAGGCAAUAAAUAAAAAUGUAUGUACUUAGUACGCAAAAAAAACGAAUUACCGAAGCAUGUUCUUAUCCCUUUGAACUAUGAUUAUGAUUUGGUAUAAAUGUGAAAGAUAAAUGUUAAACAAAUUGGAUAAGUCUAAUGAGUAAAAUCUAUAUUACCAUAUAUUUUAAAUUACGUUCUAAACGGUUGAUCUAAAGCAUUUAUCUUUAUGUCCAAAUGAAGGUACUAAGGUUAUUCACUUAUAUAUUAGAUAGCAUGUCAUGAAUAAUCACUCUGCUUAAACUGCCUCUCAGAGAUUAAGAUCAGCAGCGAUGCAGGUCCGAAAUUCUAUAGGAACUUUUUGGCUCAAUGCCAGAAAACGAAAAUAGCAAAAAAAAGAACGGGCGGGGUCGAUUUAAUCACACGACAGUGGUGUAAAAAGUUAUGCAUAUCCGUCUUUGUUUUUAAUAUAAACACAACACAUGCUGCAUAUGAAGUUGCAUAUAAGUGACACAAUUAUUUAUUACAGGAUGAGUGAGACGGAGCUUAUGAAUGCCGCCGACGGUUCGUUGUUGGACAUUAGUUUAGAAGAAGAAUUGUGUACCAGCGAUUUCAUUUUACCCGUGUGUCUUUAAACUCAACCAAUACAUUGAUUUAGGGUCAGGUAAAUCGCACUUCGAGCAAACGUUAGCGUUGCGUAAAGGGAAGUGCUCCCUAUAAGCAGGGCUCAAAAUUAUGGGAGUUUUACCAUUCUCUUUUUAGUUUUGUUGCUACGCAUAAGUAUCGUCUUGAUGAUGCGAUUCAAAUAAGCACAACCGACAUAGGAUUUUAUGAAAAACAAAUGUGUAUUUGCCUCAUAAAGACCCCUUCACUACCGUUAUCUAGAGCCCUGCUACAAGUAAAAAUUAAACACGAUUGUGUUGAUCCGCAUUAUCCGUUGUAUUUUCAUUUCUCUGAAUCUCAAGUUACCAAUAAAAAACAAGUUCAUUAUGUACACAAUUAUUUAAUAAUAAAUAUUAUCUUAUUUGAAAAUUGCAAUUAUAAUAAACAUAGUAUAAAUUAAUAGUAAUGUGACUUUUGAAAAAUAUAUUUUCAAACUGUUUCGUAUGAAUAGCCAUAAUAUAAAUAAAUGCAUUUAAGGUAAAAGAUAAAACUCAGUUAUUAGAGUGCCCGCUUUUUUUAAAGUCUCCGUAAUCUGAAAUGUCCUUUAUCGGUAAACAAAGUGCCUGCAACUUUAUGUAUGCCACCUAUUACAACAUGCACUAUCUUUGUUUAUAUUUUAGUGAAUACUAUCAAAAUUUCAGUAUUUGAAGCACAGUGAUUACUCUACAUGCUGGAAUAGCAAACAAUUUUUUGCAAUAAUUCUAAGUAAUUUUAUUUUGUUAAAAUGUUUACUGUUUAUCCAGUUUAUGCUGUUUUCCGAUCGAAUUAUCUAUUUUUUGGGCAACACUGUACCAUUCUUCCGUGAAAUUGUGUAUUCCCAAUACAAAAGGAUACACCAUUUAUCAACUCGACCAUCUGUCUUGCCUUAAAAACUAAUCUUUAGGGUAUAACUUUAAAUAAAACAGAGGAACUUACCUCUCGCGCGUGGCGUUUGUUGUUCUCUGUUAGUGAAGUGCCAUCCGUCUACGAAGUAUUCGCAUACCCGGCGUGAUAUAUAUGUAUUGUUAAAGCAUAAUUGAAUUCUACUUAAGUUGCUUUAUCUUGCUUUCAAUAAAUUCUAUGAAAAAACA